GUUAGACAUCAUUACAUUCUACAAGAAGAAAUGCAUACAUCUCUGGAUUUCCAGCAACUUUGAAAGAGGAAAAAGAAGAAAAAUAGGUCUCACAGGGCCUCUUACCUAAACUGUCAGCACCUCAUUCAUCAUGAUGAAAUAAGUUUGGAAAGCAUCAGGACUCACCUGAUCACCUGCAGAAACUCGUCGUCCUGGGUAUACAGACCUCCAGAGGUUGCCUCUCUUCAGUGGAGUGGAUCUACUUGAGACUUCUCUCAGGCCUGGUCGGAGGUCAUUCUUCUGCUCUGUUGAUUCCUCAUAUCCUGAUCAGCCUCUUUGCCAUGGUACAUCAUAGUGUUGCAGCUACAACAUGAGCGUCACUCCAUCCUCCACCCUGGACACCCAGCUGACCUCUACCUGGGGUCCCGUUAACUCCUACCCUGAUGUUUCCAUGGUCAUGUCUGGUUACACAAGCCGCUUAUGGCCUCGGGACACCCAGCCUCAGUUCUGGACAAAGUUCCAGGUGUGGGAGUGGCUGCAGCAGGUCAUGGACAUGCACCAGAUUGACGCCUCCAGCAUCCCUUUUCAAAACUUUGACAUUGACGGCCAUCAGCUCUGCAGCUUGAGCUACCAGGACUUCAUCCGAGCUGCUGGCAGCGCAGGACACAUCCUCUUCCACAGCAUCACAGAUCUCAAGUGGAGCGGACAAUACCAUGUGGAUAUUGGGCAACUGGACCUCAAACCAGAAUUGGACUACUCCUGUCCAUUUCCAGAUGUCAGCUAUCCACCUGGAGACAUCUAUGAUCCCUCAAUUCACCUUGCACCUGUAGCCUCUCCCACCCCAUCUAGCCCAGAUAUCAAAAGGUCUUUCAGUCGUCCUCAUCAGGUCAAAAAACACAACCCGAGGGGGACUCACUUGUGGGAGUUCAUCAGGGACAUUCUGCUGAACCCAGAGAGAAAUCCAGGACUGAUAAAGUGGGAGGAUCGGACAGAGGGGGUUUUCCGUUUCCUGAAGUCAGAGGCCGUGGCUCAGCUGUGGGGCAAGAAGAAGAAUAACAGCAGCAUGACUUACGAGAAACUGAGUCGGGCAAUGAGAUAUUAUUACAAGAGAGAAAUCCUGGAGCGAGUAGACGGACGCAGACUGGUUUACAAGUUUGGAAGAAAUGCUCGAGGAUGGAGGGAAUCAGAGAAGUGACACUUCUAGUAACUUAUGUUUUCUUGAUUUUGUUUGCAAAUGUACUGUUUUCUGUUGUUUUGUCUUUUUUUUGAUAAAAGUAUAUUUGAACUGUGUUGUUAAUAACUAUAUGUUUCCUUUAGUAUUUGUUUGUUUGAUGUAUCCUUUUGUUGUGACACUGCACUGAGACAUUCCUUACUGUGUUGUAUGAAAAACAGGCUUACUAUAGCACUGCAGAGUUUGACUGCUGUUAAAGAAAGGGAUAACAAAAGACUGUCAAGAGCUUACAUAAACAUUGUCAAUCCUGUUUUUCUUAUACAUUUUAUUUCUUUUCUACAAUUCCCAAAGGAGCACAUGUUAGCACUCAAACACAAGUCAAAAACAUGUAUGUAAAGUGUGGUGACACUUUUCUGUGAAGGGUCCUUGGGGAAUGAUGCUUGAAGACUGCAGAAAAACAUAAUCACAUAAAGAAAAAUAACAAUCUGUAUGUUGAAUGUGGUAGCAAAGCACACAUAUGCAUACACAAGUGACGUGCAUCAAAUAAAAAGUGUUUUUUAUGCUGUUUAUUUCAUACUUUGCAUUCAUUAAGCUGUAAAUAAAGUGUUU